GGGAGCUCCACAUUGCCCCUCCCUCUCACCUGCUCCUCUACCUGCUCCACCCUCAACCCACCAGAAACAUGGGCUGCUGUGGCUGCUCUGGAGGCUGUGGCUCCGGCUGUGGGGGCUGUGGCUCUGGCUGUGGGGGCUGUGGCUCCAGCUGCUGUGUGCCCAUCUGCUGCUGCAAGCCCGUGUGCUGCUGUGUGCCAGCCUGUUACUGCUCCAGCUGUGGCUCUUGUGGGGGCUGCAAGGGGGGCUGUGGCUCCUGUGGGGGAUCCAAGGGGGGCUGUGGCUCCUGUGGGGGCUCCAAGUCUAGCUGUGGGUCAUCCUGCUGCCAGUCCAGCUGCUGUAAGCCCUGCUGCUCCUCAGGCUGUGGGUCAUCCUGCUGCCAGUCCAGCUGCUGCAAACCCUGCUGCUCCUCAGGCUGUGGGUCAUCCUGCUGCCAGUCCAGCUGCUGUGUCCCCGUGUGCUGCCAGCGUAAGAUCUGA